AGCUUAAUCUCCACCCAUUUCAUGAGGUGUGAAGGAUGUCGGUGAAACGAAUAGAGAGCGCUUUGUAGCCCACCGCCGCACCCACCAGAUCAGCGUUAUUUCAGCACACAUCGCCGCUUGCUUUACCUAGACAGUUAUUCGAGGAUUCGGCAAACUGCCACGGACCGUUUGAUGGAAAAAGCGAGAAGAUGAUACUUUGAAGAGGGUAGACAUGGAAACCCGACGCUGAGUUCUUUUAAUUGUCACCAUACGACACCAUGGCCAAACAGUAUGAUGUGCUGUUUAGACUCUUGCUUCUCGGAGACUCCGGUGUCGGAAAAACCUGCCUAUUGUGCAGAUUCACGGACAAUGAAUUUCAUCCCUCUCACAUUUCUACCAUCGGUGUCGAUUUCAAAAUGAAGACCUUAGAGAUAGACGGCAUUAAAGUACGAAUACAGAUAUGGGACACAGCAGGUCAGGAAAGAUAUCAGACCAUUACGAAGCAGUACUACAGACGAGCACAGGGCAUCUUUCUGGUGUAUGACAUCACAAGCGAACGUUCAUUUCAGCACAUCAUGAAGUGGGCCAGUGAUGUAGAUGAGUAUGCCCCUGAGAAGGUGCAGAAGAUACUUGUUGGGAACAAGUCUGAUGAAGAACAGAAGAGACAAGUAGCUACAGAGCAGGGGAAUAAGCUCGCCAAGGCUUAUGGGAUGGACUUUUUUGAGACAAGUGCCUUUACCAACCACAACAUUACAGAGUCUUUUACCCGAUUGGCUGAAUUAGUCUUACAAGCCAAUAAGAAGGAUCUUGAUUUGUUGGGAAGCUCAAUCAAUGACGAGUUCAAUCUGGCUGUUUUGGAGGAGCAGGAAGGAUUGUGUAAUGCUGGCGACAACACCCACAAAUCCUGCUGGUGCUGAGGACAGGAAGAGACUUGACCACUCUUUCAGUUCAUUUCCAUAUUUAUGUUGCUCUGUACAUGGAAUAUUCUUUUACUUAAGCCAAAAUUAUUAGUAAACUGUGUUUUGUUCCUUUAAUGGCUUAUUUCCUGUUCAUUUUUAUUAAUAUUAUUUCUUAUUAUAAUUUAUUUUAUAAAUGGAAAGUGAAACAUUUAGGAAUACUUCUCUUGAAUCAGGAAGUACUUCCAAACAUUUUUUUUUUUUUUUUUUUUUGUCAGUUUGAAAAAAGAGGACAGUACAAUGCAAAUAUAUCAUUUAGAUUUAUUAUAAUAUAAUUUACAGUAUAUAUUAAGACCACUCAGUCAGUCUUAUAUUUAUUAAACAGAUUUAAAGCAAUGGAUCAUUUAAGUUUCAGGCAGCAUUGGCAAUAUGCUUGAUUUUACUGUGGUUGUAUGGCUGGAGCACCCAUGUUAACAUGUAUUAUUCCUUCUUGUGUUAUGUUAUGGGACUUAAUGGGAGUAUGUUUGAUUUCACUGGCUUUCUAUAUAAUUCUCUGAAUACUGAAAAGGACAGGGUAGGCAUGCACUUACAUUACUUUCAAAGAAUGAUCUUUCAAAGUUAUAAAUCUAUUCUUGGGUGAUAAAUUGAUAAAGCUACACUUUCCUCACUGUAACAAUAUGAACGGCUUGUUUUCUGUAAAGGCACUGUAAAAAUGUCACUAAACAUGCUGCUUACCAGUUCUGGUGCACUGUGAUUGUAAAUUAAUGCAAGGGGUUUUAUUGUAUUACUCUUGAGGUCAUUACAGAAAAUCGUUAACAGAUAUACAAAAAUGUUAUCAUUUUUAUCUAUUAAUAGUACACCUCUCUCUCUCUCUCUCUCUCUCUCUCUCUCUCACUCUCUCACUCUC